ACCCAUAUUGCCUUCUCUCUCUCUUUCUCUCUCUAUUUCUCUCUCAAAAUAUCUAACAGUAACACCACACCUCGCCAUCGAGAGAAAAGAAUCUCUCUCUCUUGAACACUGUAAAACACUACCCAUCAUCAUCAUCAUCCUCAGCAAAAACACAAAAUCAAGAAGAGAAAAAGGAAAAGAAAAAAAGAAAUUCUAUUAUCUCUUUCUCUUCUGGCUUCUUGAACCCUUUGAAUCUGCAAUUCUCUUUGUUUCUGUUUAUUUUCUCGUUUCUCAUAUAGCAAGAACCCUAAUAAAGAAAGAAAAACACCAGACCAGAAUAGAUAUUUAUUUGAACCAUGACCCUUGAAGACUCUUUAAGAUCUCUGUCUCUAGACUACCUCAAUCUGCUCAUCAAUGGCCAAGCCUUCUCUGAUGUAACUUUCAGUGUAGAGGGUCGCUUAGUCCAUGCUCACAGGUGUAUUUUAGCAGCAAGAAGCCUCUUCUUUAGGAAAUUCUUUUGUGGACCCGACCCACCAUCGGGGCUAGACCCAUCUGGGUCAAGGAUAAACCCGGUGGGAUCACCAGGUUCCAGGCCUAAUGUUAUACCAGUGAACUCAGUGGGAUAUGAGGUGUUCUUGUUGCUGUUACAGUUCUUGUAUAGUGGACAAGUCUCUAUUGUGCCUCAAAAGCAUGAGCCAAGGCCUAAUUGUGGUGAGAGAGGGUGUUGGCACACGCAUUGCACCUCAGCCGUUGAUCUUGCCCUCGACACUCUUGCUGCCGCUAGAUACUUUGGAGUUGAACAGCUUGCAUUGCUCACUCAGAAGCAAUUGGCAACCAUGGUAGAGAAAUCUUCAAUUGAAGACGUCAUGAAAGUACUAAUUGCUUCAAGAAAGCAAGACAUGCACCAACUUUGGACUACUUGCUCUCAUCUUGUGGCCAAAUCAGGCCUGCCUCCUGAAGUUCUAGCUAAACACCUUCCCAUAGAUGUUGUGGCCAAAAUUGAAGAGCUACGCCUCAAAUCUUCCCUUGCUCGCAGAUCACUAAUGCCUCACCAUCAUCACCACCAUGAUCUUACUGCAGCGGCUGAUCUUGAGGACCAAAAGAUUCGAAGAAUGAGAAGGGCAUUAGACUCUUCUGAUGUUGAACUAGUGAAGCUUAUGGUUAUGGGUGAAGGCCUAAAUCUUGAUGAAGCACUAGCUCUACAUUAUGCAGUUGAGAAUUGUAGCCGAGAAGUGGCUAAGGCCUUGCUUGAACUGGGUGCAGCCGAUGUCAACUAUCCGGCUGGACCAGCAGGGAAAACCCCACUUCACAUUGCAGCAGAAAUGGUGUCACCGGACAUGGUUGCAGUCCUUCUAGACCACCAUGCUGACCCAAAUGUAAGAACCGUUGAUGGUGUGACCCCUCUGGACAUUCUUCGAACCCUAACCUCUGAUUUCUUGUUUAAGGGGGCAGUCCCGGGGUUAGCUCACAUUGAGCCCAACAAGCUUAGGCUGUGUCUUGAGCUUGUCCAGUCUGCAGCUUUGGUUCUUUCUCGUGAAGAAGGAAGUGUUAAUGCACCUACUUCAACUCCAAUUUAUCCACCCAUGAGUGAAGAACAUAACAGCAGCAGCAACAGUAGCAAUCUUGCUAACCUGAAUCUCGAUUCAAGAUUGGUUUAUUUGAAUCUUGGGGCGACUGGUUCAGGCCAAAUGGGACCAAGAAUGGAAGGAGACGAUGAUAGUAGCCAUAACAGCCAGAGAGAUGUUAUGAGUCGGCAUGAUCCAACAAUGUACCACCACUCUCGCGACUUCUAGCUCAACUCUCAUCAUAUAUAUAAGGAAAAAUAUAUAUAAUCUUCUAUAUAUAAAUAUAUUUAUAUAUCGAUGAUGGAGGAGGCCGGGAAAGCCAAAAACUUAAUGAAAGGUCAUGGAGUUUAUUAUUAUCAUCAUUAAUAUUGGAUAUCAUAUAUAUAUAUAUAUAUAUAUAUACCUUUCUUGUCAGUUCUUUCUUUCACUUGCUUUCUUUUCUUUUCUUUUUUUUUUUUUUCUUUUGCUGUCUUCUCUUUUCUUUUUGGUUUCUCCCUUUCUCUCUGUUGUGUGUGGGUUUGUUUUGGUUUUUGUAGGCUUUCAAUGAUCAUCAUCAUACGAAGAAGUGCGUUUCAUUGGAGAUGGGAUGUAUGGGAUGAGACAAGUAGAAUCUGAGCUUUUGCACUCUCUCUCUCUUGAGAUGGGGUGAUGAUAUAAUCUGGAGGAGGAGAUAGAAGAAGAAGAGAGAGACAGAUAGAGAGAGAGAAAGAGAGAAGCAGGUCAAUCUUUUCAAACCUGGCCUGUCAACUCCUUUGUAUUUAUUGAUAAAUCUAAUAUCAUCACCUAUUUAUUGUGCCCUUUUA